AAGUGUUGGCAAAGCAAUGUCGGCUUCGAUCUAUCGUAGGAAGUCAUCUUUAGCUGUGAUCUCUCGAAAGUAAUUGACAGUAGCUUGUGCUAAAUCCGUAGUAUAAGUUCUGAUAUAUUUGUACGUUGUUCCAUGGCCCUUUAAUCAUACGUUCCCUUUAUGUUACCAAAAAAUUUCCAUCGUAGAUGCUGUGAUGUGCUGCAGUAUGCGCUGUUGUAAAACCGAGAAUUGAGGCGCUUAUAUAUCUGUAAUGGGGUUGACAUCUCCGCUUAGUAACUUGAAGGGGUUCGCGACGAGCCGCCCACCUUUGGUCGUCUUCACAAUUUGUCUUUCAGUAUUUUCUUUGACCACUGUGUCUCUUGCUUACUUCAUCAGGUAUUCUGGAAAAAUUCCAAAUCAAGAUUUUCAUGUGGACUGGAAUAGGUUCCUGAAGCACCUGAGCAGUUAUGAGUUAUGUGCUCUGCCAGACACAACUAGCAACAGUACUCGAACAGUGGAUGAGGAACAGAAUGACAGUGUCGGCAAUGUAUCCAUCACUGUGACAGCUUCAUUGAGUCUUGUGCAGCAGCUCAGUCCUCUACAACAUAAUAUAACAACAGUAGCAGGAUUUCUGCCACUUGGAGCAUGGAGCUCCAUGUGCAAAACAGAGUCACUAGUUGGAGAAGGGGCUGCACUUAACAUGAGCCUCACAUUGCCACAAAACCUGUCCCAAGCUGAUGAUGUGUGUGUCACCUUUGUUGGUCCUCGAUCCCUCCUGCCUGUGGUUAGCACCUCACCUGCCUGUACACCAGUGGCACCUCAGCAAGGACUCUUGGGGAGGAUGUUGGGGCGAAGUAGGGAUGCAGAGGUGCUGGGUGAAAGAGAUGAUGAUGACUGGUGCAAAGGUGGCACUGUUAUGAGGUUGGUGUACCGAUCCAGUCCUCAGCUGACAGUUCUGCUGACUGGGAGUGACCGAUCCCUCAUCAACCUGCAUCUUAUUCACACCAGCUACUUCCUGUUUGUGAUGGCCAUGACACUGGUGUGCUAUGCAAUCAUUAAAGGAAAGCCAAAGCAGAAAAACAUUCUUGUAGACAAGGUACAAUUGGAUCCUUGAAAGGACAUCUUGUAUGGGGAACUGUGCAGAGCAUUUGAAAUUACCAUCUGCGAGAUAGAUGUGGAUUUCAGCAAUAUCUCUGUUAAGAGACUGUGAUUGAUUAAAUAUUGAUGGACAUCGUGUCAUAUUAUACUUCUUUAUUCACAAGAAAAUUGUGACUGGUUUCAGUUACUAUUUGUUGAGCUUGAGUAGAAACACUUGUGCCAUGGAAAAUAAAUUAUUUUAAAACAGGACCUGUGAAGUGUACAAAAUAUGUUUGUAAAGAUAUCCCAAGUAUAUGAUCAUGGUUUUACACAUUCAUAUUUGAUUUUUAAGCUUUGUCCUGCAACUGAUAAUAUUGCAUUCACAGUUCUACAGUUCAUUUUACAUACAUAGACCACAAGCAUAUGAUUACAUUGGUUGUUUGAACAUAAUGUACCAACUUUUCUUUGUUCUGCUGUUGGUGUUAAUGACAAAGUCUGUGCUUUAUUUUAAUUGGAAAUAGUAGAUGUUUAGCCAGUUUCUGGUCUUUACAUUGUAAGUAAAGCAGUUUUAGUAAUCAUUUUACUUCACUAGCAUAUCCUGUUUUGUGGCAUAUCCAGAAAAGGUGCUAUCUGGUACGAUUUCCUGAUGGACCAGUUAACCUGACUGACGGGUUUCAUGGCUUUCUUCAUAUCUCCAGGAAAAGAUUGGAAUAGCAUCUCAAAUUGACCAACUUCUUUCCCAUUCAUCAUUCAAUAUCAUCACACCAUAUCUUUGUCAUUACUAUGUAACUCCAGCAGUUGAUACAAUGUCUUAAAAUAAACAUUCAGAACAUGUCUAUAA